CGCCAGCGGUGACGUGGGCGGCGGUGGCGUCGCCCUCAGCCCGGGCGUCCAGUACAGUCCCCCACCACAGCCCGUGGGGUUUUAAAGGCGGGCCUCUUCGGGCGUCUGUCUCUCAUUAGGCGCCUACUACGUGCCAGGCACCGUACUAAGCGUCGUGACGGCCUCGUCGGUGGGGACCCCGCCGUCGUCGUCACAGGCCUAAGUAUAAGCCGUCAAGUUUAAAGACGAUCUGGACAAUCAUGGCAGAAGGCGGCUUUGAUCCCUGUGAAUGCAUCUGUUCCCAUGAACACGCGAUGAGGAGGCUUAUCAAUCUGUUGAGGCAGUCCCAGUCUUACUGCACAGACACCGAGUGCCUUCAGGAAUUGCCGGGACCAAACUCAUCUGGAGAGAAUGGCAUUGGUCUUACCAUGAUCAUGAUGGCCUGGGUAGUUGUCGCGUUGAUCUUGUUCUUGCUGAGACCUACUAAUCUAAGAGGAUCCAGCUCAGCUGGAAAACCAGCCAGUCCACAUAAUGUAAGCGGAUUUUCAAGAAACCUAUUCUGUAAAGUUCCACCGUUCCAAGGGACACGAACCACCCGCUCCUCCCGUGGACUAGACUUUGCACAGUGGAAAAUGAAGACCAGCCAACCCCCCGCACGACCAAACGGACAGAAGCGACCUGAGUACUCCAAGCCCCUCUAAGCGCCAUUGUCUUCUCGCGUUUUGCAUUUACAUUUCAGGACGGCAUCGUUUCACGAGCUCGUAGAAAUUUCACGUAUCUGGUUUCCUCUGUGAGAUCGGAUCCGAGUAGAUGAUCUCACGAAAGCUGGGGGUCUUUGGGGUUUUCGGGGUCCGCCAUACCUUUAAACAUUCCUCUCUUCUUUUUGCUUUGGGUGGUUUGUAGCCUCACUGAAGGACGGUUGUGAUUUCUACGUUGUACUUAAGAAGUGAUUUUGAGUCUCAGGCGGAUGCCUUCGUGUUUUGCACCGUUGUAUUUUUAAGUUCUCUGGAUUCAGCUGGGAUUAUAUAGAGGAGAGCUAGCAUCGGAUUUUUACUGACACUGACCCCCGUUGCUCGUAGAGGAGUCCCCCCCCCCCCCCCCCCCC